UCUCAAAAAAAAAAAAAAAAAAAAAUGAAGUCUUUACACAAACAUAAAUGGGUUACGUGUGCUGCCCUUUGAGAAGUUUGUUGAUGAAGGAGAAAGGAAAUAGUAGCACCAGAGGAAAAGACCAGGGAUUUACCCUGUUCUUACAGGAAAACAGCUCCUUGCUCUUUUCAGCUAGCUUUUCAAAGGACAGGGAUAGGACAGGACAGCCCCCUGCCUUCUUUCGGAUAUUUGGAUCUAUAACCUCCAGAAAUUCAAGCUGAAGUAGUUGGAGGUCGGAGAGGAAUGGGACAACUGCCUGGGUGGGCUCUGCCAGCCAGACACUGCCAGGAUAGCCACAAGGAGACAACUUAGAGGGUAGAGCAGACCAACCACGUUGGACUCAGGCAGUUCUGGGUUUGAAUCCUGUCUCUGUCACCACCUAGCCUGAUGACCUUGGGCACAUCCUGAGCACCCUGUGCCUUAUCUGUAAAAUGGAAACAAUUAUGCCGACCUUUCAGGGUGGUUUUGAGGAUUAGAGACUAGCUCCUGACACACAGUAGGUAAUCGUAAAUGGGUGCUAUUAUUUGGCCCAACCCACGUUAUAGGACAGAACGUCUAACGGACGCGUCAGAACCUGCGCCCUCCGGAUCUUGGAGGGUACAGAGGGCGCCCCUCGGCCUCCUCCCUUUCGGAGGUGGGGACAAGGUGGAGGAAGGGCUGCAGGAGGAGGAGCUCUAGCAUCGCGACCCGCCCCGCCCCGUCCCGUCCAGUCUGGCCUGGGCGCCGCGGGAACGCUGUCCUAGCUGCCGCCACCCGAACAGCCUGUCCUGGUGCCCCGGCUCCCUGCCCCGCGCCCAGUCAUGACCCUGCGCCCCUCACUCCUCCCGCUCCAUCUGCUGCUGCUGCUGCUGCUGCUGCUCAGUGCGGCGGUGUGCCGGGCUGAGGCUGGGCUCGAAACCGAAAGUCCCGUCCGGACCCUCCAAGUGGAGACCCUGGUGGAGCCCCCAGAACCAUGUGCCGAGCCCGCUGCUUUCGGAGACACGCUUCACAUACACUACACGGGAAGCUUGGUAGAUGGACGUAUUAUUGACACCUCCCUGACCAGAGACCCUCUGGUUAUAGAACUUGGCCAAAAGCAGGUGAUUCCAGGUCUGGAGCAGAGUCUUCUAGACAUGUGUGUGGGAGAGAAGCGAAGGGCAAUCAUUCCUUCUCACUUGGCCUAUGGAAAACGGGGAUUUCCACCAUCUGUCCCAGGUAUAAAGACAAAUAACCUGAUGAGGCCACCUGGCAUGACUUCCAGCAGCCAGUAACUUGUUAGGGAGGAGACCUGCUUGGGCCACAUGGGUCUGCUGCCUGUGCCACCACCUUUCCCAGAACACUGGACUUCUUUCCUGCCCUUUUCUACAACUCUACGCUGUGUCAGCUGUACAGCCACCCCCCUUCUUCCUUUCAGCCUCCAUCAGGGAAGACAGUAAAAAUAAUCACAGUCAAGUAAUUCAAAACAAAAAGCAACUGUUAAAGCCAAGUCUACCCCAUAACUUUAAAAGCCAUCAUUGGUCACUGCUGAUGUCUAUUUUUGAAGGGUUGAGAUGGACAGAUUUCCCAAGAUGCAUAUCUUUUGCUUUCAGUUCUAACAAAUGUUCUAUUAGCUAAAAUGUGUUGUACUCCACAGAGUGCUGGGCUCAUAAUUCUUCUUCUUCUUUUUUUUUUUGAGACGGAGUUUCACUCUUGUUGCCCAGGCUGGAGUGCAAUGGUACAAUCUUCGCUCACCACAACCUCCGCCACCCGGGUUCAAGCGAUUCUCCUGCCUCAGCCUCCCAAGUAGCUGGGAUUACAGGCAUGCGCCACCACGCCUGGCUAAUUUUGUAUUUUUAGUAGAGAUGGGGCUUCUCCAUGUUGGUCAGGCUGGUCUCAAACUCCCAACCUCAGGUGAUCCGCCUGCCUUGGCUUCCCAAAGUGCUGGGGUUACAGGCGUGAGCCACUGUGCCUGGCUGGGCUCGUAAUUCUUAUCCUAGUUCCAGCUUAGAGGAAGGCCUGGAAGGAGGGUAGGGGGACCAAGGAGAAACUCUUUUACCCAAAGCCCUAUUACCUCCCCAUUCCCAGUGCUGCUUAUUUGCACCUCUUCUGCCCACUCAUUUCUGUUCCACCUGCCCCUUUACUUCUUAAGCAGCAUUCUCAUCCUUCUUCCUCUUCAGCUCUUAUGUUGAAACUCCUCUUAUCUCAUAAUCACGUUGAAUGUGCUCAUUGGUUGGUUGAUUUUUAAAAGUCUAGUUUAAAUCCAUUUAAUUUCAGCCCUGCAAAGACUCUAUCCGUGUGGUUAUUUGGAAAUACGAUAAAUUAGUAGUUAGUAUAGAGGGUUCUCCCACUUACAAAUGGAGAAGAGCCUGUACGUUUCAUAUUCACAGAAAGUUUUCCUUCAUUCAAAGACUUGUCACUGGACCCAAGCCACAUGUGUAGUUGGGGUCAACAUGAUUAUCACUGGACUCUGCUCGUAAUCCUCCUCUACUCUUGUCUAAAGGAAUUCAACCCCACAUUUAAACCUUGUCAGCUUCAUAGUUGUUGGCUUUGCUGUGGCCUACCCUCCCUAUUUUC